GUCUCCGUCGACAGGAACGAGCAAACGGUGCUGUCAGUCCACGUUACACACGGGUUACAGUCAGACCCAGUCUCAUGUGUGGAGGGGCGAGAGACACGGGGCUGAUCUCCCCACAGGAUGCUUGACACCGGCGGGCUGCGAGCAUGUCCCCUAAUCCUUCCCAGCCACUAGUUGCGAGUGCGAGUCCCUCUCCCCUCCUGCAUUACUGCAGCAGCAGCAGCCGCGCCAAGGUCGGCAGUGGCAGUGGCGGCGAAGCGCUGUGAGAGGACUCACUCACUCACUCACUCACAACUACAGAAGCCCAAUCAUUCAUUGCACCUCACACACUGAGACCGUGAGCGCUGCCAGCGGCUCCCCCAAAGGUGCACCCCGCUGCAAACACCAACAUGCACUGAAAGAGGAGGAGGCGUCAGGGCCGCCGGCUGAGGUUGCUGCGUUGUUGCUGAGCCAACAUGGCGAAGCUUCAGGUGCUGCCGGCGAGCAGUGAGGCGGGUUACCGCGGCUGUGAGACGUUCCCCGUCUUUGCCCCCAGGUCUGCCGACCCUGGCUACCCCCAGGGCACGAUGGGAAGCGUGGGCAGCGGCGUCGCCAACGAGCAGGAGUUUGCCAUGAAGAGCAUGAACAGCAUCAACCGCUCGGGCCUGGUCCAGACCGGCAGCCGCCAGCAGAACGGGCCGAGGAACGGUUACACCUCCCGGGAAUUCUCCAAACGCUUCUCGGCCGAUGAGAAGUGCUUCAACCCAGAGAGUUCUUUGUACAUCAACGGGGAGCGUCGCCUUGGGGACAGAACGAAAACCGACGUGACAAACAACAAUGAGAAGAACUUGCCUCCUCAGUACAGGGAACCAAGUAACCCUCCGAAGAUACUUCCCAUCUCCGGCAAACUGGAACAGACUGGCGAGUCAUUGAUUAGACCCUCAGCCUUCAAGCCCGUUGUUCCCAAGAACUUUCACUCCAUGCAGAACCUGUGCCCACCACACAGCAAUGGGAUAGUGGACAGCAGGAAAAGCCUUAAUGCUCACCACAAUACCAGCAGCAGCCCUGCCGGAGGGAGAGUGGCGAUGGACAAGGCUGGCCACAGCAGGACUAUAAACCACAGUGGCGGCAUGUCGGAUUCUGGCCGCAACUCACUGACCAGCCUCCCCACGUAUGGCUCGGGAUACAACCAGCACGUCGGGCCCAUGAGCGCGUCCACCAGCCACAUCAACCGCCUGGGAACGACUUACGGGGAGAGGGGGGCGCUGGCCUACAACGGCAUCUCCACCUCUGACAGCGGCCGGUCGUCCAGCAAAAGCGUGUCCUCCUUCAACAAGCUGAACCACAUGCACGAGAACCUGGCCUACCACUCGCCCUCCCACGAGGACAUCAUCCACGACCUGGAGGACAGGCUGUGGGAGAAGGAGCAGGAGGUGAUCCAGAUGCGGAGGAGCCUGGACAAGAGCGAGGCGGCCAUUGUGCAGGUGUUCGAGGAGAAGCAGAAGAUGUGGGAGCGGGAGAUGGAGGAGCUGAAGCAGAGCUACGCCAACAAGCUGCAGCAGGUGUCGAAGAAGGCGCAGCGAGCUCAGCAGGCCCUGCAGCUCCAGAUCUUCAAGCUGCAGCAGGAGAAGAAGAAGCUGCAGGAAGAUGUCGGAAAACUGCUGCAACAACGGGAGGAGCUGGAGAAAAAAUGCCUGACUUUCAAAAAGGAGCAAUCCGAGCUUCUUCCCAGACUGGAGGAGACCAAAUGGGAGGUAUGUCAGAAGGCGGGCGAGAUCUCCCUCAUGAAGCAGCAGAUGAAGGAUUCUCAAGCCGACGUGGCUCAGAAGCUGAACGAGAUGGUGGCGUUAAGGACUCAGCUGAAGGAAGCAUCCUCGGCGCUGCGGGCCAAGGAGGAGCAGGUCCUGGCGCUGAAGGACUCCUUCAACGCCAAGGGCAUCGAGCUGGAGGUGUGCCAGAACGAGCUGCAGAGGAAGGCCAGCGAGGCCCAGCUGCUGAGGGACAAGCUGGGCCAGAACGAAGCAGAGAUCGCAGGCCUGAAGCAGGCUCUGGCUGGCACAGGUCAGCAGGCCGGGAGGUGCGGCAAGGAGGCGGGAACGCCGACGGCAGAGGAGGAGGAGGAGGAGGGAGAGGAGCAGCAGCAGCAGCAGCAGCAGCAGCAGCAGCAGGACGGGCUGGCCUGCGAGAGCGACGAGGCCAAGAUGCAACGGCAGAGCGAGGAUGCGGCGAGGGCGUUGAAGAAGCAGGUGGAGCGGCUGCAGGGGGAGCUACGGCUGGAGAGGCAGCAGCAUGAACAGCAGCACUCCCACUUCGAGGAGGAGAGGCAGACCUGGCAGGAGGAGAAGGAGAAAGUCAUCAAGUACCAGAAGCAGCUGCAGCUGAACUAUGUGGAGAUGUACCAGAAAAACCAGACCCUGGAGAGCAAACUUGACGAGAUCAACUCGUCAAAGGGCAGCUCCCCCACCGCCGACGACAUCAAGCAAUGGACACCUUCUCGGCUGGAACGCAUCGAAUCCACGGAGAUAUAAUCCCUGCAAAGGGGCUGUGACACUAAUGUGCGAAUGGGAACAUGGCUUACAUGGCUUCUCUAAAGCUCCUCGCCUGUUCAAUUCAUCUGUGUCGGAAGGAACUGGGAAUGCUGGUUUACACCGAAGAUAGACACAAAAUGCUGGAGUAAGAAGGAAGGGUCUCGACCCAAAACGUCACCCAUUCCUUCUCUCCAGAGAUGCUGCCUCUCCCGCUUAGUUACUCCAGCAUUUCGUAUCUAUCUUCAGUGUUCAAUUCAUCUCCUCAUUUUCAUGUAGUGCCACUUCAAAUAUGGUCUGAUUUUCAAAUGUGUGUUUGCACAGCACAAAAUAUGAUCCUUUUCCUUUUAAAAUUGAAUGAGGACAAAAUGACCCCCCUUCUACCACCCCUCUCCCUUCCCAAAUGUAAGAUAGAAUAUUCACCCUGUGUCCGUCCCUCCAGCACUAAGUCUUACAGAGAGGUGAGAAGGGCGUUUUUAAGGGAGUGAAUUGAGAAGGGUAACAUUUCAGGGAGAGUCUGAAGAAAGGUUCCGACCCAAAUCGUCACCAAUCCAUGUUCUCCUCAGAUGCCGCCUGACCCGCUGGGCUACUCCGGCACUUUGUGUCCUCUUGCAGAGAGGGUUUGGGUGAGCUGUUUCCCAGUGCGUGCAAUGUGGUCGAUGCAAGGCGCUGUACUCCCAGCCAAAUCAUACGUACAGAGAUCACUGCCCUGAGCUUCAGGUAGCUGACUGCAGCCGAACAAAAUACUGCAUGUCUGAAAUUAAAGCCAAGAAUGCAGUAAGGUUUGGCAGUAUGAUUAUCUGUGAGUCAUAGAAACAUAGAACAGAGGUGCAGGGUUAGGUCAUUCGGCCUUUCGAGCCAGCAUCGCCAUUCAAUAUGAUCAUCCAAAAUCAGUAUCCCGUUCCUGCUUUUUCCCCAUAUCCCUUGAUUCCGUUAGCCCUAAGAGCUCUAUCUAACUCUCUCUUGAAAACAUCCAGUGAAUUGGCCUCCAUUACAUUCUGUGGCAGAGAAUUUGAGAGAUUCACAAUUCUCUGGGUAAAAAAGUCUCCAUACUUCCCUGCCACAAACUUUCCCUCUUGCUCUUUCCAUACACUCCCCCUACACUUCCUUUUAUUUUGACGUUAUAUAUACAGUGCGUAAACAGGCCCUUCAGCCCACCAGGUCCGUGCCAACUAAUCAUUGCCCCAUACACGAGUACUAUCCUACACACUAGGGACAAUUUACAGAAGCCAAUUAACCUACAAACCUGUAUGUUUUUAGAAUGUGGGAGAAAACCGGAGCACCCGGAGAAAACCCACGUGGUCAUGGGGAGAACAUACAAACACUAUACAGACAGCACCCAUAGUCGGGAUUGAACCCGGAUUGCUGGCACUGCAAGGCAGCAACUGUACCGAUGCGCCACUGUGUCCUUUCCCCUUGCAUAUACAAUCUAACGGCUUCCAGUGCUGAUGAAGGGCCAUCAAACUGAAACAUUAACUCGGUUUCCCUCUUCACAGAUGCUGCCUGACUUGCUGAAUAGUUCCAGCAUUUCCUGUUGAAAUUAUAUUUGGUUACCUUGAAGCUUCCCUCCCACCCUUCUGGUCCAGUAGCCCCCCAUGAAGAUCCUGGAUGCAAUAUUGCUCCAUAUUUCUAAAUUGUCCUCUCACCCUCCUUGACAACCCCUCUUCCUCACCCCGCACCUCCUCCCUGUUCCUGCCACCUUUUU